GCACUCAAUCUAUACAUAUUGGCGCCAUUUUGGAGCUAGGAGGGGGAAGAGAGCUGCAGAGGAGGACACGAUUUAUCACAAUUCACCGUAACAGGCAGUGAAGAGCUAAAGAGGAUGGCUCACUCUAAAGCUCGAGCCGCAGACGGGAAGGUGACCUACCCCCCGGGGGUCAAGGAGAUCUCUGACAAGAUCUCCAAAGAAGAGAUGGUCCGCAGGCUCAAGAUGGUGGUGAAGACCUUCAUGGACAUGGACCAGGACUCGGAGGAAGAGAAGGAGCUCUACCUGAACCUGGCGCUCCACCUGGCCUCGGACUUCUUCCUCAAACACCCGGACAAAGACGUCCGCCUGCUGGUGGCCUGCUGCCUGGCAGACAUCUUCAGGAUAUACGCCCCCGAGGCGCCCUACACCUCCCCCGACAAACUGAAGGACAUCUUCAUGUUCAUCACACGGCAGCUCAAAGGACUGGAGGACACUAAAAGUGCGCAGUUCAACAGAUACUUCUACCUGCUGGAGAACAUCGCCUGGGUGAAGUCCUACAAUAUUUGUUUUGAGCUGGAGGACAGCAACGAGAUAUUCACCCAGCUCUACAGAACGCUCUUCCAGGUUAUCAACAAUGGACACAAUCAGAAGGUGCACAUGCACAUGGUGGACCUGAUGAGCUCCAUCAUCUGCGAGGGAGACACCGUGUCGCAGGAGCUGCUGGACACCGUUCUAGUCAACCUGGUGCCGGCGCACAAGAAUCUGAACAAACAGGCGUACGACCUGGCCAAAGCUCUGCUGAAGAGGACCGCUCAGGCCAUCGAGCCUUACAUCACCAACUUUUUCAACCAGGUGCUGAUGUUGGGAAAGACGUCAGUCAGCGAUCUGUCCGAACACGUUUUUGAUCUCAUCCUGGAGCUUUACAACAUCGACAGCCACCUGCUGCUCUCCGUGCUGCCGCAGCUGGAGUUCAAGCUCAAGAGUAACGAUAAUGACGAGAGGCUGCAGGUGGUGAAGCUCCUGGCGAAGAUGUUCGGAGCCAAGGACUCGGAGCUGGCUGCGCAGAACAAACCGCUCUGGCAGUGCUACCUGGGCAGGUUUAAUGACAUCCACGUGCCUAUUAGACUGGAGUGUGUCAAGUUUGCCAGUCACUGUCUCAUGAACCACCCAGACCUGGCCAAAGACCUCACAGAGUACUUGAGGGUCAGGUCACAUGACCCCGAGGAGGCCAUUCGCCAUGAUGUCAUUGUCUCCAUUGUAACCGCUGCCAAGAAAGACUUGUCUCUAGUCAAUGAUGCGUUGCUGAACUUCGUGAAGGAGAGGACUCUGGACAAGAGAUGGCGUGUGCGUAAGGAGGCUAUGAUGGGCCUGGCAUCGAUCUACAGGAAGUACUCGCUGCAGGGCGAAGGCGGGAGGGAGGCCUCCAAACAGAUUUCCUGGAUCAAAGACAAGCUGCUUCAUAUCUACUACCAGAACAGCAUCGACGACAGGUUGCUGGUGGAGCGCGUUUUCGCUCAGUACAUGGUUCCUCACAACCUGGAGACCGCCGAGAGAAUGAAGUGUCUUUACUACCUGUACGCCACCCUGGACACCAACGCUGUCAAGGCUUUAAAUGAGAUGUGGAAGUGCCAGAAUCUGUUGAGACACCACGUGAAAGAUCUGCUGGACCUGGUGAAAAAACCCAAGUCCGAAGCGUCAAACAAGGCUGUAUUUGCCAAAGUCAUGGUGAUCACAAGGAACCUGCCAGACCCGGGAAAGGCUCAGGAUUUCGUGAAGAAGCUGUCUCAGGUCCUGGACGACGACGAGCGGAUCAGAGAUCAGCUGGAAACGCUGGUCAGCCCCUCCUGCUCCUGCAAGCAGGCCGAGGUCUGCGUGCGAGACAUCACUAAGAAGCUGGGCAGCCCCAAACAGCCCAGCAACCCGUUCCUGGAGAUGGUGAAGUUCCUGCUGGAGCGGAUCGCGCCGGUGCACAUCGACACCGAGUCCAUCAGUGCUUUGAUAAAGCAGGUGAACAAAUCUAUAGACGGAACGGCUGACGACGAGGAGGAGGGCGUUCCCACUGAAGAGGCCAUCAGAGCCGGGCUGGAGCUGCUCAAGGUGCUGUCGUUCACACACCCGGUGUCGUUCCACUCCGCAGAGACGUUCGAGUCCCUGCUGGGCUGCCUGAAGAUGGACGAUGAGAAGGUGGCCGAGGCAGCGCUGCAGAUCUUCAAGAACACGGGCAGCAAGAUGGAGGAGAGUUUCCCACACAUCAAAUCCGUUUUACUGCCGGUCCUGCAGGCCAAAGCGAAGCGAGGCCCUCCUCGCCAGGCCAAGUACGCCAUCCACUGCAUCAACGCCAUGUUCAGCAACAGGGACACACACUUCGCCCAGAUCUUCGAGCCGCUCCACAAAGGCCUGGACCCUGCUAACCUGGAGCAGCUCAUCACUCCCCUGACCACCCUGGGUCACCUCGCCCAGCUGGCCCCGGAACAGUUCGCAGCGCCGCUCAAAUCUCUAGUCGCCAACUUCAUCGUCAAGGACCUGCUCAUGAAUGACAGGAUUCCUGGCAAGAAGACGACUAAACUCUGGGUUCCUGAUGAUGAGGUGUCGCCGGAAACUCAAGCCAAGAUCCAGGGAAUCAAGCUGAUGGUGAGGUGGUUGUUGGGAGUGAAGAACAACCAGAGCAAGUCGGGGAACUCCACCCUGAGGAUGCUGACGGCGAUCCUCCACAGCGACGGCGACCUGACGGAGCAGGGCAGGAUGGGGAAACCAGACAUGUCGAGGCUGCGGUUGGCGGCGGCGUGCGCUCUGUUGAAACUGGCCCAGGAGCCCUGCUACCACGAAAUCAUCACAUUGGAGCAAUAUCAGCUGUGCGCUCUGGUCAUCAAUGACGAGUGCUACCAGGUGCGGCAGUGCUUCUCCCAGAAGCUCCACCGGGGCCUGUGCCGCCUGCGCCUGCCCCUGGAAUACAUGGCGGUGUUCGCCCUGUGCGCCAAGGACCCCGUGAAGGAGAGGAGGGCUCACGCUCGCCAGUGUCUGGCGAAGAACGUCAACAUCCGCAGGGAGUACCUCAAACAGCACGCGGCCAUCAGCGACAAGCUCUUCUCCCUGCUGCCGGAGUACGUGGUGCCGUACGCCAUCCACCUCCUGGCUCACGACCCGGACUACGUGAAGGUGCAGGACAUCGAGCAGCUUAAAGAAAUUAAAGAGGCUCUGUGGUUCGUCCUGGAGAUCAUCAUGGCCAAGAACGAGAACAACAGCCACGCCUUCAUCAGGAAGAUGGUGGAAAACAUCAAGCAGACGAAGGACGCCCAGGCGCCCAGCGACUCCAAAACCAACGAGAAACUCUACACGGUGUGCGACGUAGCCAUGAACAUCAUCAUGUCGAAGAGCACCACCUACAGCCUGGAGUCCCCGAAAGACCCCGUCGUCCCGUCGCGCUUCUUCACCAAACCAGACAAGAAUUUCAGCAACACGAAAAAUUACCUCCCUGCAGAAAUGAAGGUUUUCUUCACGCCGGGAAAGCCCAAAUCGGCCAACGUGCUGGGCGCCGUCAACAAGCCGCUGUCCACGGCGGGCAAGCAGCUGCAGAGUAAAGCGUCCCGAAUGGAGACGGCCAGUAACGACGACCCGUCCUCCAACCCCGGCUCCCCGCAGCGCAGCAAGACCAGGCACGAUAGCACAGAAAUGGAUCACAGCGAGAACGAGGACAUCAGCUUCAAGAUGGCAGACAGCGUCGAAAAGGAGAUUGAAAAGCCGCGCGGCCGCAAGCGGGGCGUGGCGUCCACCGACGACCAGGAGAGCAAGCCCAAGCGCGGCCGCAAGAAGGCGGCGGCCAACACGACGGCGGCGGCCGAGCCGGACGACCAGUGGGACGAGGACACCCGGCCGGAGGACGAGCAGAACAGUCCUCCCAAGAAAGGCCGCCGAGGCCGGCCGCCCAAGUCCGCCGCCGCCGCCAGCCAGGAGACCCCCGCCAAGGGCAGGAGGGGGCGCAAGAGGGCGGCGCCCCCGCCGGAGGACGACGAGGACGAGGAGGAGGAGGAAGAGGAGAGGGCCGAGGAGGAAGCGGAGGACGAGGACGAGGAGGACGACAGGAGCAGCGAGAACAUGGAGGUGAAGCCCAAAGGAGGACGGCAAGCCAGGACGCCGCGGCGGUCGCAGGGCUCGGAGGCGGCGGAGUCGACGCCACAGAAGAGGAGAGGUCGUCCGCCGAAGUCAGCCCAGCCAGCAGCCAAGAAGCCAGCGCGUGGCGGCCGGUCGAAAGCAGCCGCCGCUAAAGACGACUCUGAGGACGAGGACGAAGAGGAGGAGGAGGAGCAGGAGGACGAGCCCACACCCAAGGGUCGCAAGAAGGCCGGAGGGCGAAGAAGAUGAGCUAAAAAAAAAAAAAAAAAAAAGGAGGAUUUAAAAAAAAGACGCACGUCUCCUCUGACGUUACGGAGGAAUGACGCAGGAAAGAAAAUAUGGACAUUGAACUUUUUAAAUUUUUUCAUAUGCCGACGCUCCUACUGUUACAUGAAUUUCCACACAUGCAUUGACCACGUGCGCACUCCUCCGUCAGUACAUCCUCCACUGUGGGCCGUUGCUUUGUGUUGCAUUGUGAUGAUGUUUGCCACAUUAAGUAGAAAGGAUUUUAACAGAAAAACAAAUGAGAAAGGAAAAAAAAAAACAAACAACAAAAACCAACCAGUUCCUCUUGUAAAUAGUCUCUUCUGUCUGUUCCAUGUUCUGUUGUUGUGUUUGAUGGGGGGAAGCUGUAAAGCCUCGACCCGUUGAUAUUAUUAAAGUGCUCCCAUAAAGCAAUAUUGCUGAUCCGAUCUCCCUCUGUGUCCUACUUUUAAAAAGAACCGAAAGAGAUUAAUCGCGACUUUUUGUGACGUUGUUGUUUUACGUUAAAGAAACCAUGUUUUAUGUUUACAGUCCUGUAUAUUUUUAUUUCCUCUUUUGUUUUUUUUUUUACCAUGUAUUGGAAAAAAAAAAAAAAAAAAAAA